AUGGGCACGGACGAGCUUGUCACCGACCCGAGCUUGCGCAGUCUCCUCGAGCAGUCGCAGAAUGCCCGAGAACAGGCGCUGGCGUUUGUCGACCUGAUAGCGCAGCAACAACAGGCCGGCUCCGAGCCCGCGGCAGUCGCCGAGAUGGCAAAGUUGCAGAAGCAGCUAAUUAUGAAUCUUGCGAACCUCCGCCGUCAGCACCGGGCUGCCAUCUUUUCCGCGCGCACCACGAAGGCCGAGACGCUGAAGGCGCGCCAGGAGGUCGACACGCUCCACCUGCAGCUGCAGAAUCUCUACUACGAGCAGCGUCAUCUCGAGGGCGAAAUCGCGUCUUGCGAGGACUACGAUCACAAAUACCGCCAACUGCCACUCAUACCAGUCGAAGAGUUUCUCGCGCUGCAUCCUGAACAUGCGGAUGCCGACGAGAAUGACCUGAUGGUCGCGCGAAUCGAACACGAACGCAGCGAGAGGGAGAACCUGGAGAAGCAGCGACAAGAUCUCCUGAAGCGCAAAGCCAAGCUGAUCGCAGAGAACAAGAAGAGGAAAGAUGACCUCGCAAAUCUGGAUAAAGACCUGGAGAAGUUCAUCGAUGCUGCAAAACCGAUCGAGAAGACAGGGGCGGGCCAAGAGUCGAAAGGCGAGCAUCGGGAGGAAAACACCAAGCUCGCCAUCGCCGUCGCGAGACAUGGCGACGGGAAGCAGGGCAAUGCCGAUACCCUGGCGAAGUACGCCAGGCUCAAAAAAAGAAAAAUGCGUGACGGACCGGAAGUCACGAGCGUUGACCGGGAAGCGGGUCCGCAUGGGUGGAUUUGGGUUGCGGUCGGACUGGCGAUACUCGGCGGUGAGGUAGUAGCUGAGUACUACCGGCGCGGCAACCUAUCGUCGCUAAGCUCACCGCUCAUGGAGCGCAGGCUGGGCGAAGGGCAUGCCGCGUAG